ACGCCGACGCCGUCAGUCGGCGGGAGGGUGCCGGAGAGGGGAGGUGGGCGCCAGCACUCCGGCCGGUAGGUUCUGACCAUCGAGGUGCACACGUGACGUGCAGCACCAUGGCGCCAAAUGUGAAUAUUGUGGGCAAAGCGGAAGACGUCGACCCUCCAGUGGACGUGAACAGCGCCCAACUCGCGAGGGCUACAAUCAGUGAAGUCACUCUCAACGAGCCUGCGAGCUCCGAACCGCCGGUGGAGCCGGCGACGUCGAAGCCGGUGUCGGUCACGCAGCUGUUCCGAUACGCCGACUGCAAGGACAAGUGCCUGAUUACCCUGGGCCUGCUCACCUCGUUGAUGGCUUCGUUCGUCAUGCCUAUCACCAUCGUGCUCUUCGGCAACGUCACGAACGACAUGGCGAUCUUCACCCUCAACAUGACGGCCGACGGCAGCGCAGAGAAGCUGAGCAAGUCCAUGGACCAGUUCGUGUUUGGGAUCAUCGGCACGGCUGCGUUUCAGCAGCUGACAUCUCUUACUUUUGUGUUCUGCUUGUACUACGCGGCAUCGAGGCAGGCUCGCCGCGUCAAACAGCUUUUCUUCCGUUCUGCUCUGCGGCAAGACAUGUCGUGGUACGACACCAAGCAGAUGGGCGAUUUCACCACCCGUGUUACGGACGACCUGAAGAAAUUUGAGGACGGAAUCGGAGAGAAGAUUGGAAUCAUGAUGACCUUCAUCAUGCUCUUCCUUCUUGGCAUGGGGCUGGCAUUCUACAACGGCUGGAAACUGACCUUAGUGAUAUCAUCUUUUAUUCCGUUGAUGGUCAUCACUGGAGGAUUCAUUGCCAAGCUCAUGGCCGACUUCGCGAAGAAAGAGGCAGAUGCGUACAGCAAAGCGGGAUCGGUGGCUGAGGAGGUCAUAGCUGCAAUCCGAACUGUCAUGGCCUUCGGCGGCGAACAAAAAGAAGCACAAAGGUACUCUGAACGUCUGCAGGGCGCCCGCCAGGCAAUGGUGCGGCGCAGCGCCGUCAUCGGUCUGGGUGUCGGUAUGGUGUGGCUGGUACAGUUCAGUUCUUUCGCGCUGGCCUUCUGGUACGGCACCAAGCUGGUGCUGGAGUCUCGCGAGACGGGCGACGGACUAUACACGCCCGGAAAUCUCACCAUUAUAUUCUUCAGCAUCCUGGUUGGAGCGAUGACUAUUGGACAGGCGGCGCCGCACGCGGAGGCACUGUCGGCGGCACGAGGAGCCGCUGCCACUGUCUACACUGUGAUCGAGCGCAAGUCGGAGAUUGACCCCAGCAAUCAGGAUGGCGCAAAGCCUGACAAAGUGACCGGCCUGAUCGAGCUGAAGGAUGUGCACUUUAACUACCCAAGCCGACCAGACACGCAGGUUCUGCGUGGCAUGAGCUUCACCGUUCGACCGGGACAGACAGUGGCACUAGUGGGCAGCUCUGGCUGCGGCAAGUCCACCUGUGUUCAGCUGAUACAGAGGUUUUAUGACCCGCUGCAAGGACAGGUGUUGUUGGACGGACGGAGCUUGAGCGAGCUGAACGUCUCCUGGCUGAGGCAGCAGAUCGGCGUCGUCUCCCAGGAGCCCGUUCUCUUCGGUACCACGAUUGCCGAGAACAUUCGAUACGGCGCACCCCACUGCACCAUGCGGGACAUUGAGCAGGCGGCGAAGGAGGCGAACGCCUUCGAUUUUAUCCAGGACCUGCCACAAAAGUUCGACACCAUGGUGGGCCAGAAGGGAGCGCAGCUGAGCGGCGGUCAGAAGCAGCGGAUCGCUAUCGCUCGCGCCCUGGUCCGUAACCCGAAGGUGUUCCUGCUGGAUGAGGCCACGUCGGCGUUGGACCUCCAAAGCGAGGCGCUCGUGCAGUCGGCCCUGGACCGGGCGCGCUCCGGCCGGACCACCAUCGUUGUGGCCCACCGCCUCUCGACGGUGAGGACGGCUGACCUCAUCUGCACCCUGAAGGACGGCAAGGUAGUCGAGAUGGGCUCCCACGAGCAGCUGAUGCAGCCGGGCGUCUAUUAUGAUCUGGUUACCAGGCAGACCGGCAUCAAAGCGGACAACGACGACGAGGAAGGGGAUGAGCCCGGGGAGGAAAUGGUGGGUGACCUGCAGUCGGCGCGCCAGCCGUCCGCUGCCGGCCGCGUCAGGCUGCGGACCAUGUCGUCUUCGGCAUCGGACCACACAGACGGCGUCGCCGACAGUGUGGAGAUCAACGGAGCGGCGCUGGCCUUCCGUCCCGCCAGCGGCAAGGGCAGGCACGAAUCGCUGACUGCGCUGUCAGAUGACGAGGAGGACAAGCUGGCGCCUGUGUCUGGCUGGCGUAUCCUGACUCUGAACUCCAAGGAAUGGCCGUACCUGCUGCUAGGAGUGCUGGGCGCCGCCAUCAUGGGCGCCUCGCUGCCCGGAUACGCCAUCGUGUUCGGAUCCGUGCUGGGAAACCUGGCUGUUGAGGAUCCGGAUAAAGCAAUGAGUAACGCCCGUCUCUAUAGCCUACUAUUCAUUGCGGUUGGCGUUGUUUCCUUCAUCGCAUCUUUCUGUCAGGUUUUCAUGUUCGGCAUAGCCGGGGAGCGGCUUACGACGCGCGUGCGGAAGCUGACGUUUGCAGCACUGCUGCGGCAGGAGGUCUCGUUCUUUGAUAAAGCGAAAAAUACAGUGGGAGCGCUGUGCGCCAGAUUAUCCGGCGACGCCUCAAGCCUCCAGGGGGCCACCGGCACGCGGCUGGGCAACAUAACACAGGCGCUGUUUACGGUGCUGCUGGGCAUGGUGCUGGCGUUCGUGGUGAACUGGAAGAUCGCGCUGGCUACGGUGCCGUUCGUGCCGCUCUGUGCGCUGGCCACGUACGUGGAGAGCCGCCAGGCACAGGGCAACAUAGUGAAAGAUCAGUCGGACCAGGAGAGCGGCAACCAGAUCGCUGUGGAGGCAAUCUCAAACAUUCGAACUGUUGCCAGUCUUGGUCUGGAAGAAAUGUUUGCUGAUCAGUACGAAAAACGCCUGCUGAGUACUCAUCGCAAGUACAUCAAGAAGGCUUUCCUCAGAGGUCUGGUGUUUGGAGCGGCCCAGUGUGUACCCACAUUGGCGUACGCAGCUGUCUUCGGCAUUGGGAAGCCCAUGGUUCUCGACGGGUCCCUGCCUUACGCUAAGCUGUUCAUGGUGACCGAGAGCCUCAUCUACGGCACGAUGGUGGUGGGAGCGGCGGUCGCCUUCUCACCCGACAUGAACAAGGCGUUCGUCGCCGCCAAGCGAAUCUUCGCCCUGCUGGAGAGAAAGCCGGCCAUCGACAGUUCGCACGCUGCAGGACUGAAGCUGCCGAAGGUCACUGGCACGAUUAGCCUGCAACGGGUUAGGUUCCGUUACCCGACGCGACCGGAGGUCACCGUUCUGCGUGACCUUAGUUUGGAGAUCAGUCCAGGUCAGCAGGUGGCUCUGGUCGGCUCCUCCGGCUGCGGCAAGUCCACCUGUAUCCAGCUGCUGGAGAGGUUCUACGACCCUGAGGGAGGCGAUGUGACGGUGGACGGCCAGAGCGUGUCUGCUCUUAACCUGAGCUGGCUCCGCUCCAACAUCGGUAUCGUCUCGCAAGAGCCCGUGCUGUUCGACAAGACCAUCCGCGAAAACAUAGCGUACGGCGACAACAGCCGAGAGGUGCCGAUGGAGGAGGUCAUGGCAGCCGCCCGGGACGCCAACAUACACAGCUUCGUGACCAGCCUUCCCGCCGGCUACGAGACUCAGCUGGGCAACAGCAGCAGCACACAGCUCAGUGGCGGCCAGAAGCAGCGCAUCGCCAUUGCGCGCGCCCUCGUUCGGCGACCGGCCAUACUACUGCUCGACGAAGCGACAUCUGCGCUUGACGCGGAGAGUGAGAAGUGCGUGCAGGAGGCGUUAGAGCACGCGGCCAGUGGCCGAACGUGUCUGGUGAUAGCCCACAGGCUGUCGACGAUUCAAGGCGCUGACAAGAUAGCUGUGAUUCACCACGGGAGGGUAGUGGAACAGGGAACGCACCAGGAGCUGUUGACGAAAAAGGGCAUGUAUUAUAAACUGUAUAAGACGAUGGCGUAGCUUUGCGUUGUUCCCUAUUCUCGAUUUUCGAAUCAAGGUGUUGUCGAAUUCAGCUCUCCCGUCGUGUUGCUGUCAUGUGUUGAUUUUUGCACGCAUCCCGACACCAAGCUUAGAACAGCCAUGUACCGGAGAGCACGCACAGUCCUGCCUGCUGUGCAACGGAGCUCAGCGUAGAGGACGUUGUGGGUUCUGCAUUCGUGUCUGUAUGGCUGCAGUAUCGUCUCUGUUCAUGUCUUAGCAUAUGUUGUCAAAUGCCAUAACUGCACAGUGGUCGGGGCUGGCCGAGGGGGCCGCAAUUCAACAAGACAGGACUGAAUUGCCAUGAUGCGUCGUCCGACCAGCGUACGUUGUUAGUCUAUUAUGAUCUUAGUGUAGCGUUCUGCGUUGCUGCGCGCCUCGCGGAAGCGGAGUUUUUCUUCAGCAGCUUCUGGCGGGGAGCGGCGUUGAACCUGCCCUGCUCUCAGCCCAGCUGAGCACAAGCACUGACUCACAGCUUACAGCGCGAUGUCUCCCGAGUGUGUUGUCCCGAGUCUGAAGUUUAUUGUGCUGGCGACAGGGUCACCCCAUUUCUCAAUGUUCCUCCCAUCCUCAGCUCCAAACAAGCCGAGGCGCUUGUAACGGAGCUCAAAUGAAGCGGACGUGAUGGAAGAUUGCCUUACUGGCGCGAGGAAUUGUGUCACAGAGCAAUACCGCUCGUUCGUAUCUUGCUCUGUCCUUUGUCGUGCCUUAGCUAAGUGAUCCUAGUGUAAUAUCUACCGUGUCGGGGUUUGUUCCUGCAAAGUGGUCCAUCUGUCUGUAGUAGUGUUUAACGGUCUCGUGUUGCACAUGAUUUUGACGUCCAAUAUAUUUCAAUCAUGA